AUGGUCCUCACAUAUAGGAGGCCGUUUAAGCCCAGUUUCGAUCAAUUCACCUAUGUUCCGCUAAUCCUACUGGAACUUAUCUUGCACCAAUGUAAUCCUCAGGCCGUGACUAUCCUCUGGACAAAGAAUCAGCGUGCACGUUGGAAUCCGUUUCAGACCAGUUUCGAUCAAUUCACCUAUGUUCCGCUAAUCCUCCUGGAAUUUCUCUUGCACCAAUGUAAUCCUCAGGCCGUGACUAUCCUCUGGACAAAGAAUCAGCGUGCACGUAGGAAUCCGUUUCAGACCAGUUUCGAUCAAUUCACCUAUGUUCCGCUAAUCCUACUGGAAUUUCUCUUGCACCAAUGUAAUCCUCAGGCCGUGACUAUCCUCUGGACAAAGAAUCAGCGUGCCCGUUGGAAUCCGUUUCAGACCAGUUUCGAUCAAUUCACCUAUGUUCCGCUAAUCCUCCUGGAAUUUCUCUUGCAUCAAUGUUAUCCUCAGGCCGUGACUAUCCUCUGGACAAAGAAUCAGCGUGCACGUAGGAAUCCGUUUCAGACCAGUUUCGAUCAAUUCACCUAUGUUCCGCUAAUCCUACUGGAAUUUCUCUUGCACCAAUGUAAUCCUCAGGCCGUGACUAUCCUCUGGACAAAGAAUCAGCGUGCCCGUUGGAAUCCGUUUCAGCCCAGUUUCGAUCAAUUCACCUAUGUUCCGCUAAUCCUACUGGAAUUUCUCUUGCACCAAUGUAAUCCUCAGGCCGUGACUAUCCUCUGGACAAUCAAUGGUCCUCACCUAUAG